AUGGCGGUCCCCGAGGAUGAGGCUCAGAUUGUUCCCAACACCACGUCUGCUACGAAUGUCGAGGGUUUGCCUGGUACAUUCCCUGAUCCGCAACUUGAGGAGCCUGUCGUGGUAUCGUUGAAUGACUUGUCUUUGUCCGCUGGAGUUCGAUCUCGGAAGUCCGAAUAUAUUCGACGGAGAAAGCUCAGAAUAAGGAUCGGAUCAUGGAACGUUGCAGCUCUGUCUGGACCAGAACAGGACCUUAAGAGUUGGCUAAUUUCGGACCCGGUUGCCGGAGGAAAAGCCACUGAGAAUGGAGUUAAUAGUUUCGGUGAUAGAGGGGAUGUCUCAGACGAUGAGGCAGCCCAUUCGGUUUCGUUCAAGGCCUAUGGGGAAGGACCAGAUCUCUAUAUCCUAGGACUGCAGGAAAUUGUGGAUGUGGCCUCUGCUACAGAGGCUAUCAAGACAUAUGUCGAUCCUGGCCCUUCUGCCAAAUGGAACACAGCACUCCAAGAGGCGUUACCCCCAGGAUAUACUUGCAUAGCUUCCCAGCAACUCGUGGGUAUGCUUUUACUGGUUUACGCUGCGCCGUCUCUGGAACCUCAUAUAUCAUCAGUAAGUUCCACCAGUGUUGGGACAGGGUUUCUAGGCUAUACUGGCAAUAAAGGGGCAGUUGCAACACGUAUCGUCAUCGGAGAAACAACACGGUUGGUAUUUGUCAAUUCCCAUCUUGCAGCUGGGGCAGAAAAGGCCAAUCUAGAACGAAGGAACUGGGAUGCGGCCCAGAUAAUUUCUCGUUCAAAUUUUGCCCCUAUCGAAGAACAGGACCUUAUCUCCGGGGAAAUAAAUCAUCAAUUUGGGGAAGAGGAGUUCAGCUUUUGGUUUGGAGAUCUGAAUUACCGUCUAGAUGGUAUCCCUGGGGGUGAUGUUCGCCGCCUUCUCCAUUUACAUGUUCAAGACGAAUUCCGCCCAGCAAAACAGAACACCCCUUUACAGAGUAUCGGUAACAGCCAGCCUGAGGAAUCUCGGAAAUCGUUUGAAAGCGACAUCACCUCGUUGCCAUCAGAGGAGGGUAUACAAAUGGAGGAUAAUGACCUCGAUCCAGCAGAGGAUCCAGCCUCCCUAUUGAACACACUUUCGUCACUCUUACCUCACGAUCAGCUUCAAGCUCAACAAAAGAGUGGAAAAUCAUUUCAUCAGGGCUGGCGAGAAGGGCCAAUAACGUUCUUGCCUACUUAUAAGUAUGAUGUUGGACGGAUAGGGGUAUUCGACUCAAGUGAGAAGCAACGCAGUCCAAGUUGGUGUGAUCGAAUUCUGUUUCGAACCAAGUCCGACCAUAUGAGACAUAUAAAAAAAGUUAAAGAGGCGGAAGAAGCGAAGAAGAGAGACGAGGAAAUAAAGUCUCUAGGCUUGGAUAAAGCUGCCGAAGAUGAUAAUGUCCUUUUUGAUUAUGAUCCAGAUCAAGAUGCCGCAGACUACGACCCUGAACAGGAUGAUAUAGGAGAAGAUGCAACGAAUAAUGAUACCACGGGUGGGAAUACUAUCUCUCUCCUGGAGUAUACGUCCCAUCAGCAUAUUGUUUCUUCUGAUCACAAACCUAUUCACGCCGAUUUCGAUGUCACACUUGAUGUGGUCAUUCCGUCGUUGAAAACGAAGAUUCAUCAGGAAGUUGCCCGAGAACUAGACAAGGCCGAGAACGAAGCCCGCCCUGAUAUAACUAUCGUGGUGGACCAGCAGUCAGAAGCCCGCCGAAGUAGCUCUGGUGGUGUUGCUAUUUCCACUCAGCCAGAUACUGUUCACUUUGGCAAGGUGAGAUAUCGUGAUCCCACUUCACGGAGUCUGACCCUUGCAAAUACAGGCGGUGUUCCGGCUACUUUUGCUUUCCAUUAUAAUCCUUCUAUUGAUACAGCUGGCCCCUAUUCGUCUCCUCCCUGGUUAAACAUCCGCGUUGAUUGGCCCGCCAAUAAUUCUAACCAGGAUGAUAUAUUGCCAAAGGAAUACACCUUCCAACCUGGCGACUCCGCCAAUGUCCGUUUAACAUUAUGUAUAUCUGAUAUCGACUUUGUCCGAGAACUCAAUGAGGGCAAGGCUAAAGUGGAUGAUAUCCUUGUAUUACGUGUGAACGAUGGACGGGAUCAUUUCUUAUCUAUACAGGGCCAUUGGUUACCUACGUCCUUUGGCUUCUCUUUAGAAGAGCUUACUCGCAUACCUGAAGAUGGUGUACGUGCUAUAAGUGUAUCGCCCACUUCUUCCGGAGAGGAUAAAACCAAUUCUCGAUCCUCCGGUCCUCGUGAGCUGUUCAAAUUAACAGAGGCGAUAGCUGAGCAUACUGAACGAGCCGUUGCUGAAUGGGGCAUGGUUUCCAAUGACACAAACCCUGAAAGUAAUGAGGCUCCAUGGGAAACUGAUAAGAAGCCUGGGUGGCCAUUUAAUUCACAGACAUGGUCAUUGAACGAUACCAAGGAAAGAGAGAAAUUGCUUAUCGAUGUGAGGGAAGCAAUUGAUACAAAUAGUCCAUUUUCUGAACGCUUUCCUCCAAAUUUCCCAUGGAAAUACCGCACGGAGCUGCUUGCUGAGACCCUGAUUACUUUCCUUCGGUCUCUUCGUGAUGGUAUCAUUACUGAACAGCUGUGGUGUGCUCUAGAUGAGCAACUGAAGCUUCUACGAGACAAAUCAAGGCAACAGGAACCUCCAUCCAGCGAACAGAUGCAGUCAUCAAUACUAGAGACCCUCUCAACAUCACCUUCCCACAGUGUCUCCUUCACUUUUCUCACCUUCAUGCUGAAUCGUAUCGCAAACGAAAUAGCCCCGAUUACACCGACGCCUACACCUUCUGCUACGUCUUCUCCCGCAAAGCCACCAUCAGCUCCUACUGCAACCAGUUCAAAACAGCCAUCAACACCCGCUCCUGCAGCUCAGUCUACCCUCCUAAGUAGGCAACCGUCUCUUUCGUUCCCAUUCCGGUUGCGAGGCCGAAACAGUACUCUACCUGGAAAUAGUGAUGCAAAUCCCUCUCUAUCAGUACCGCGGAAAAAUCCAUCAGUUACCAGAAGAGAAGCUCUUAAUGAUGCAUAUGCCUCUCUUUUUGCUUCUGUAAUGUUUUCUUCUUCUAUUCCGUUACCGGAAAAGGAUAAAGACAGGAGAUUGUUCGAAGAAAGAAAGAAAGGGGUUAUAACACCCUUUUUGUAUAGUGAUACCAGUUAA